CACCACACACGUGUUUUGUUUUCGUUUCUUGCUGCUGGUCAACAUCGACAAAAUUAAAAAAAUUAUACUACGUAAAAUAAAGAGUUUAAAUUAUGGAAUACGUUGAUUUUUCUGGUGCCACCGGCACGGCGGCCACCAAUACCCCAACAUCAAUGGUAUUGUGCUGUGAAUGUGGUGUGGCCAUACAGCCGAAUCCCUCAAAUAUGUGCGUCACUUGCCUGCGCAAUCAUGUUGACAUUACCGAGGGAAUACCCAAACAGGCGGUAUUGCAUUUCUGUCGCAACUGUGAACGUUACUUACAGCCUCCAGGAGAAUGGAUACAAGCUGCUUUGGAGUCAAGAGAAUUGCUGGCGUUGUGCUUGAAAAAGCUCAAAGGCCUGAAGGAGGUGAAACUUGUUGAUGCUGGUUUUGUGUGGACCGAAGCCCAUUCGAAACGUAUUAAGGUAAAGUUGACUGUACAUGGAGAGGUUUCCGGAGGAACGGUAUUGCAGCAAGUGUUCAUCGUUGAGUUUACUGUUCAAAAUCAAAUGUGCGAUGAUUGUCAUCGCACGGAGGCCAAAGAUUUUUGGCGUUGCAUGGUGCAGGUACGCCAACGUGCUGAGAAUAAGAAGACAUUCUUUUACUUGGAACAGUUGAUAUUGAAACACAAGGCCCAUGAAAAUACCUUGGGCAUAAAGCCGAUGCAUGGUGGUUUGGAUUUUUAUUAUGCCAGCGAAAAUCAUGCCCGUAAAAUGGUGGACUUCCUGCAGACAAUGGUGCCGGUCAAAGUGACAUCCUCAAAGCGUCUCAUCUCUCAUGACAUACACAGCAAUAGUUUCAAUUACAAAUACACCUGGUCUGUGGAAAUUGUACCCUUGUCCAAAGAUAGUGCAGUUUGUCUGCCCAAGAAGUUGCGCCAACAAUUGGGUAACUUGUCGCCCAUAUGUUUGAUCAACAAAGUAACCAGUGGCAUACAUUUAAUUGAUCCAAUGACUGCCCAAAUUGCUGAAGUUUCAGGUCAGGCCUAUUUCCGUUCUCCAUUCGAGGCCAUAUGCAAUCCCAAACAACUUGUCGAGUAUGUAGUCAUGGAUGUGGAAAUCAUUUUAGACAAAGAUCGUAAAUACUAUCCUGGCCAGGGACAAUUGUCUUUCCGUCAUGUUCUUUGUGAUAUAUGGGUUGUGCGAGCCUCCGAGUUGGGCAUCAACGACAAUACCAUACAUACACGCAGUCAUUUGGGACAUUUGUUGAAGGUUGGCGAUUCCGUUAUGGGUUACAAUUUGGGUGAGGCGAACAUAAAUAAUGAUGAAUAUGAUAAGCUAAAUGCUGAACACAUACCCGAUGUGGUUUUGGUAAAGAAAUGCUAUACCGAUCGUAAUACAAGAAGUAAUCAACGUUUAUGGAAAUUGCGCCAUUUGGCCGAGGAGGCAACCGAUGAACGCAGCAAACCAGAUUAUCAUGAAUUCUUGGAGGAUUUGGAAGAGGAUCCGGAUUAUCGUAAGUCAGUGAAUAUCUAUCGUGAUUCAAAGAAACAAGUGCCCGUGGAUGAUGGUGACACCUUGGGCUACAAGGAUAAUGUGCCACGCAUCACUUUGGCCGAAAUGUUGGAAGAUUUAACAUUGGAAUGUGCCGAUGAUGAAAUGGGGGAAAGUGAAGAUGUUCCAGCGGAGCCUCAAUUGUAGCAAGGAAGGAAGGAAGGAAAUUUAUUAUUUAUAACUUAUAAUGAGGUAACUAUUAUAAGGCGAAAAAUUAAUGUAAAAAACUAUAUAAUGUAAUAUAUAAAUGAAAUUUACAGAGAAAUAUUCUAAAACAAUUUAAGAAAUAAAUGUAUUUUAAUAUCAAAAUAAAAAAGAAAAUUAUGG